CUGCGCAUGUGCAAUUUCUCAUUGUCACUUCAAGUGACCCUAUCACAUCAGUCAGUCAGUUAAUGAGCAUCAGUUAGCCGGGCAAACUUGCUACUAACUCUCGUGAGUCACCAUAGAAUUCCACACUAUUGUCCAGAGAAGCGUAGUUAGCACAUUUGUACAAAGGGUAUAUUAGUUUAAUUCACUCUAGAAAAAGGAUCGGUGAGAUAAAAAUUAAUUAUAUAUUCUUUUUUUUUUAUAUAUAUAUAUAUAUCUGGUAAUUCUUGUACAGUCAAUUUCUAUCUCUCGGUUCAUUUUUCUCGUCCUUGGGUAACGGAGAUCUCUUAAUCCCCGGGACGGUUAAUCGCGAGGAACCUUCACUGCCAAACGCGUUGCAAAUAAAGUAUAGGAAUGUCAAUGAAAAGCUGUAGAAACACGUUGUAAUUAAAUCGGAGCGCGUUAAUAGAUAAUGUUAAAUUAAUUUAAUUAAAAAAAAAAUGCGCGGUUAACGACUUUGUCGCGAUUAAAUUGCAACAGCUGCUCAACGGGAUGUGACAAAGAUUAACUAGAGAUUGUACAUUUGUUAGUAACGGCGCGUGUGGACGGUUGACGAUAUUUAUAAAUGAAGAAAGGCAAAUCUUAUAAAUAAAUAAUGAAUUCGCGUGGUGGUGAAUCUGUACACCCCGCACUCGGGAUACGUGAAAAUCUGUAUAUAAAAUCCGCGGACGUAGGCUGACCGGUUUUAUUAUCAAAUUUUUUAAGGGAAAGUAAGGGCAAUCAAUUAAUACCAAUUAAGAACAAUUGUGUAUGACAUUGUAGGGACGCGUCUAGAUUUUUACAACUUAAGCAAGCACUGCGACUUCGCAAAAGAAAAGACAAAGCGUAAAAGCAAAUGUCUUCGCCGAUAUAUAUCUUAAAGAGAACAUCUGUAGUUCGGAAGUCAGCUAGAGUAGAAUCGAAAUAACAAAUUGGGAAUCGUGAUUGAUUGAAGUGACAAAGCCGAUGUGAAAGAAUAACAAAAAAAAAUACAAACUCGGAACGAACUAAAUUCGAGAAGGGAAAUCUCGUCCUUAAUCUUUUUGCAAAAUUUAAACAUAAAAUCACAGAAAGAGAAAGAGAGAGAGAGAGAGAGAAGAAAAGAAUAACGAAAAGCCAAAAAAACAAACAGAAUUAGACACUGUGGAUAGAAGGAGGCCUUAAAGUAUAAAUACCUGUUAAAUUUUCUUUUGAAUCUUUUUUUCUCUUUCUCUCUUCUACGACGAGUCAUCUAUCUCUUUUAUACCUACAUGCAUAAAUUAUACAGAGUGAGAGAAUAACGACCCUCCCUCCCCCCUCCACGUCCCUCCCUCUAAAUAUAUCUGAUAAGAAAACAUGCACACACUAUAUAUUUCUACAUAAUGUAAUUUACAAUCACCGUAUGUGACCAGUCUCUGUGGUUAUCCUGAUUGUUCUAUACCUGAUAAAAGAAAAUACCUGAUUACGUUGAGAACGAGCGGAGAAGAUAAAACAAUUGUAAACUCGGUAAAGAAGUUAUCUGGAUAACCAGGAAGGCCUGUGUAAUUCAUAAAUACUUUUUUAAUCGACGCACGCAAAUAUGAUCUCAACACACGAUAUUUGACAGAGUGUCUUAUGGACGGAAGUACCAAUGUACUUGGACGUCCAGUGGCCCUGCCAAUUAUUCCGGAACUGAUUUGACAACUUCGAUUAAUAAAUUAUAUAUAUAUAAUUAUAUAUACAUACACGAAUAUAUUUAAUAUAAACAAUAAAUGAAUGUAGGACACGUGGAAGUUGAUUAAAAAGCUUGAGAGCUUUGAGUAGGUCAUUUUUAAUUAAUUGAAAAGGCGAAGCGGUUCGUUCGCAAUUAAUUAGUUAGCGGUUCAUUUAACGUAAAGAUGAAAAGUUAAAAUAAUUAGAGAUGCUCUACGAGCGAUGCUGUCAAAAUUCUUUUAUAACGCUGUUGUUACUUUUUCUCUUUUCUCUCUUUCUCUCUCUAUCUAUCUCUCAUAGAGGAAGAUGCAUGCGAACCAGCCGAUUCACUGAUUAAACUUAGAAGUUUCAUUAUGAAAAUAGGUGGAUGUUUCUAUUUACCGACUCUCGUUUAUUUGUCUUUGAAUUAUUUCGCGGUUUCUCGUUGUCGUGUACUUUCGUUAUUCUUUAUAUGAAUUAAAUUGUUUCUAAUUUUACAAACUUGUCUCCAAUUUGUACUCUGGAAUACGUGUCAAUGUCUGUCUGGAUCGAUCUUGUGUUAUAAGUUUUUUUUUUCUAUCGAGAAAAUCAAUGUAAAUUUCUCUUGCGUUUGACACGAAGCUACAAUAUUUGUAAAAAAGGAAAGCGAAUACGCCUCCUCGUGAAAUUUUUGUCGCGUUACCGUUUGAACGAGAAAUUCUGUAUUUUGAUACGCCGUCGUGAUACCACUACGAUAAUUAAGUGCGCGCGAAGGAGAAAUUAACGUGAGACUAAGAAAAAUAUUGAGGAUUAAAAUUCAUAAGCGUCCUUGCGCGACGCAAUAAUAGUAACAGUAAUUUAUAAGUUUAACGAUAAUUAUUAAGUACCAUUAGAUACACAAAACGCAAAACACCUCAUCACUUUAGAAAAGACAAAAAAAAAAGUACUAGCUAUCGCGAUGCACAGAUAUUUUCGUUAGACGGUGCACAAGAACUUCUCAUAGGACAUUUUUCAUAAUUGUAAAGAAAACCGAAAAGCUAAAUAUGUAUGUUUACCAGAAUACGAGAUUGUCGAUUUUAAGUACACGUGUGCCCCGUAUGCGAAGAGUGAAAUAGGAAUUCGAUUAGGAAGAAGGAGAAAAACAUAUUUUCAAAAAUACCGCCAACGAACCAUGGGCGUUUUUCUAUUGUAACUGUCAAGUCGAGUAGCAAGACGUUAGGACGCUUAGCCGUUAAGGGAAACAAAGAAACAAACGAGAAUAUUGAGAGAGUAAGAGAGAGGGAGAGAAAUAGAGAACAGAAACAAUGGAUGCAACGCGAAAACAAUGUAAUGAAACUUAUAUGCUGUAUUUUAGACGUGAGUAACGUUCACUGCCAAAUUGUGAUACACGGAUACACGAAUCCCACCUUUAAUAAGGGAGAGCGUCUUUCCCUUACGUAUAAUUCCCGGCUGAGUUUCCUCUCUGUUUUAUUGUGAUUCUUGGUCGAGCAGUUUUUCUUUUCGUACGGAGGAACAAUAUAAGCAACAAAGAAAAUGGUAUCAGAGAAACGGGAAGUCAGUCGGGUUUUUCUUCUUUUUCAUCGAGCAAAGCAAAUGAAAAGCGCGACUCACUAUUUUAUGCGUAUCUAGACGUUUUUAAAUAAACGACGUGAGUAAAAGAGAGGACGUGGGAGAUACUGGAAAGAAAGAAAAAAAAAUGUAACGAUGUCGAUCAUUUAUGAUUAUGACGAAUGGAUAUUUUCAAACAGGCAAAGUUUUACUGUUUAAACUAAUAACUUUAACAGGACCGCUCGCUGCGCUAUACUUUAUGUAUGUUUACUCUGUACAGUGCCUUUAUAACUUUGAGAAAAUACACGCGAAUCCUUAUCCUUUGAGAAGUUGUCAUCUGAGCUGUAUAAACGAUGGUUCUCUCUUUCUUCUGAAUUCAGUAAAAUAUGGUUGGGUGAUGAACUUCGAUUUUCUUAUUUUUAUUGCUCUGAAUUCUCAAAGGAUAAGAGGAUUGGCGGUCCCUACGUGUCCGUGAUGCCCUUGUAAACGAGUUCUAUCUUGUAAUAAUAAAAGAAAAAGCUAACGACUAGUGUUAAAACUUUAAUGCAUAAGCGGAUAUUUGUAAUAUUGUAAAACCUGUACAGUCCAGAUGAGAAAGAAAAGAGAGUGGAACAAAAAAAAGAGAGAGAGAGAGAGAGAGAGAGAGAGUAAAUGACAAAAUCAAGAAUAAAAGUGGAAUGAAUGAGAGAAAAAGGAAAUGUGUGUGUGAGAGUGAUCGUUUUCGAGCGAUUUCAUACUUUGUAGGUAGCCUUUAUUAUUAUCAAUUAUGAAUUACGAUGAAUUAUUAUAUUAUUGCUGAUUGAUUGAUAAUAUUGUGUUUAAUAUGAUAAUGUAACAUACAGUUAUGAAGAAAUUCAAUCUUGUCAUUGUGUCGGUUCCAUUCCUUUAUUCUGUUCCCAACAAUAUACUAAAUAGUCAUAUCAUUCGGGUACGAAUGAUAAGUACGUUCAAGAACUGUCGUAGCAAUUUGUCGAUUUUAUCAAAGAAACCGGAGCACAAUGAGCUGAGAGUGGGUAUUCUGAAAGUGCAUGUGCAUGGCACAGCGGGAUAAUUUUGAAUUAUACAUAUAUCUACUGUGAAACGGAACUUUAAGUUCGAGAACUUCAUUUGUAUGUACUGACAAAAUGAUGGUUUCCGUGUACAGUAAUUCUGAAAGGUCAUGGUACAUGUUGUACAUGUUGUAAAUAGGGAGUCAUCUUGUUAAUUAGUUCUCAUUAGAACAAUUAGUCGUGUAAUGAACUUCUCGCCUUUGGGGUGCAACGUAAAAAUUGUAGGGAUGUGAGACCGCAGUGCCAUUUAGUAACAGCAAUACGAACAAUAAGUAGUUGCCUGUAAUAUACGUGGACUUACUAAAUGAAUUGUGCUAAGGCAUCGCAAAAUUAUAAUUCAAUUGAACUGCAGUAAUUGCAAUAAUGGCACAACUAAGAUCUCUCAAGUUCCUAUUUUACAUUUUCAUUUGCAUCCCAUUCGCACGUUUUAAUUACGCUGCUAAUGUGAAAAACUUAACUCUGGAUUUAAGCAGACAUAUUCGAUCACUUGGAUUUCCUGAAGGCAGCGGAAUGGGGGUAUUCUUUGCCAUUGGUGUUCCAGUCGACGUACCAGACAAAUCUGUGUCAUUUUCAUUUUACUUCGAAGCGAAUUAUCCAUUACCAAACAAGAAAAAUUCCAGUGAAUAUUUUGAAAAAAGAAGUCUAGACAGAACACUUGCGUAUGAAAUUUUGGAAAGUAAAUUUGCAAGUGCAGGAUUUCCAGGAAGAAUUUGCCUACUAAGAACUAUAUGUGAAGUUGCCGAAAGCCAAAUAACUGGAAAUGGCCUUGUGGGCGAUCUUCUUCACAUACUUUUCACACCAUCUUCAUCCAGAGACGAAGGGCUACCUUGUGAAAUAUCUGAAGCUGAGUCUACGACUGACUGUAAAUAUCAUUACAGAGAGUGUCCCAUAAGCCUGCUGGAUCUUAUUAGUCAUUAUAAGUGAUAAAAUACUUGUACACUGGUUAACUGGUGCCAAACCAAUCAGUUCCCAUAGCUCCAAAGAAUGCUGCUGCUCCAGAUUUUAUUGUAGCUCCUGUAGAAUCAUUUCUGUUGUGGCUCUUAAGUGUAGUCUUCUU